GAGCCCUCCUGCUGGGCGGCCGGUGGAGGAUUACAUCCAGUGAACUCCUCCCAGAGAGGAGCUACAACCUCUGAAAACACAUCGGAGAUUUAUUGCAUCGUGUUGAAGCCCUCACACGGGACAUUUCUAACACAACUUCAGGAGCUCAUGCUAACCCGGCAGCACUUCCUGGAGAAGGUGCAUCGAUUAUAAAUGUUGAAACAUGGCUCUAGAACUCCACCCUGAAGACCAAACAUCAUCCAUCCAGAGUCCAUGAGUGCAGAACCGGUUCUCCCCAUUCAUCCAGUCCAGUGUGACAGUGGAGGAACCUGGAACACACACCUCUCCUGUCUUUAAAGCAGCUUCUAAAGCUUGACUAGUUUACUAAAGGUGGCUCUCUGUGGAGCCAUACUGGCUUCUAUCCACCACUUUUUUUCUUUAGUGUUGGAAAACUUGCAGAGAUGAGCUCAGAUUGGGGAGAGUUGUCCACAAUGGACCUGAUGAGCAGGUGUGUCUCUAAGGAAUCGGGGCACGGGGUGCCCAAAGAGGGGUGGCGGAUCUGCCUGGCUCAUGAGUUCAAAGAGAAGAGGAAACCCUUUCAGGCGAAAGAUGUGUCGCUGUCCAACGUUUUGGAUCACCUGGGCCUCGGAAUCAGGUAUCUUAAAUGGUGGUACAAGAAGACCCAGGUGGAGAAGAAGGCUCCUUUCAUCGACAUGUUUCGAGCGCUGCCUUUGCGGCAGAUAUAUGGUGCUCCUCUCGGCGGUAUCGGAGGUGGAACCAUUACUAGGGGUUGGAGGGGGGAGUUCUGCAGAUGGCAGCUAAACCCUGGGAUGUACAACUACAAAACUGUUAUCGCCAAUCAGUUCACGGUGUGCUUGCGCCGCGGAGGACAAACGGUUUACCAGCAGGUUCUGUCCGUGGAGCGUCCGCCAACGCUGCAAGGCUGGAACUGGGGCUACUGCGGGGAGUACGCCUUCUAUCACGCCUUGUAUCCCCGCGCCUGGACUGUUUACCAGCUGCCUGGCCAGAAUGUCACCCUCACCUGCAGGCAGAUUUCCCCCAUCAUCCCCCAUGAUUACAAGGACUCCAGUCUCCCCGUAGCAGUAUUUGUGUGGGACAUAGAGAACAAGAACGACUACGAUCUAGAUGUCUCCAUUAUGUUUACAAUGGUCAACGGAUCCGGAGACAACAACGACAAGAGCGGCGGCCACUGGAACGAGCCGUUCCACCUGGAGAAGGAUGGGGAAGCGGUGUCUGGAGUCCUGCUGCACCACUGCACCCCAGUCAACCCUUACACCCUGUGCAUCGCAGCACGAGAGCAGGACAAAAGGGAGGUGAGUCACCAGACGACUUUUAGUCCCAAGGGAACCUGCAGCGGCCUGUGGAGCGACCUGAUCACAGACGGAAGGCUGGACUCCCCUACAGGAUCCAGCAAACCCACAGAGAAGGGGGAGAAGGUAGCAGCUGCGUUAGCUGUUAGCUGCUCGGUGAAGGCUCAAGAACUUAACAGCCUGGAGUUCUGCCUGGCCUGGGACAUGCCUAAAAUCACCUUUGGCUCCAGGGAGAGGGAACACAUCAGGAGAUAUGCUCGUUUUUUUGGAAGCGAAGGAGAUGCUUCUCCCUCUCUCAGUCAUUACGCGCUGACACACUACAAACAGUGGGAGGAGACCAUUGAGAAGUGGCAGGAGCCCAUUUUACAGGACAGUUUGCUUCCGUCUUGGUACAAGUCGGCCCUGUUUAAUGAGCUGUACUUCGUGGCGGACGGAGGAACUGUGUGGACGGAGCUCUCAGAUGACGCUGACGUCAGUGGCGGCUUGCGAAGCGAGGACGGGGGUCUGCCAGCUCAGCCCGCUCUGGUCAAGGAGUACGGUCGUUUUGCUUACCUAGAAGGUCAAGAAUACAGAAUGUACAACACAUAUGACGUGCACUUCUACGCCUCCUUUGCACUUAUAAUGCUGUGGCCCAAACUCGCCUUGAGUGUGCAAUAUGACAUUGCCGGUAGUGUGGUUCAGCAGGAUCCUACAGAGAGGCUGCAUCUGAUGAACGGCCGUUAUUCUCCUGUCAAGACCAAAAACGUGGUGCCUCAUGACAUCGGAGACCCAGAUGAUGAACCUUGGCAGAGGUUAAACGCUUACCUCAUCCAUGACACAGCAGACUGGAAGGACCUGAACCUGAAGUUUGUCCUGCAGGUCUACAGGGACUUCCAUCUGACCCGGGACAGACAGUACCUGCAGGACAUGUGGCCCAUCUGCCAGGAACACCGACGUUAUAAGGACCUGCUGGACAGGGGCAGUGCUGCUUUUGAUAAACUGUUAUGGAACGGGAAAUACUAUAACUAUGAUAGCAGUAAGAGGGAGCUCUCUAACAGCGUCAUGGCUGAUCAGUGCGCCGGGCACUGGUUCCUUAGAGCAUCUGGGCUGGAAGAAGAAGCCUACCAGGCAUUUCCUAAGGAAAAGAUCCGAGGCGCGUUGAAAUCCGUCUUCGAUUUGAAUGUUAUGAGCUUCUCUGAAGGCCACAUGGGCGCGGUUAACGGCAUGCGUCCUGAGGGAGUGCCAGACCGCUCCAGUGUCCAAUCAGAUGAGGUCUGGAUCGGAGUUGUGUACGGGCUGGCAGCGACUAUGAUCCAUGAGGGUAUGUUUGAAGAAGGCAUGCGCACUGCAGAGGGAUGCUACCGGACGGUGUGGGAGAGACUCGGCAUGGCCUUUCAGACUCCUGAAGCCUACUGCGAGAAGAACAUCUACCGCUCUCUGGCCUACAUGAGGCCUCUUAGUGUUUGGGCCAUGCAGCUCGCUUAUAACACGACCCCGAGGGAAAACACCAGUCUGCCUAAAGCCGAAAACACUGAUUGAGCCGAAACUUGAGUCAUCACCUGGGGUGAAAAAAUUAAAAAUAAAAACAAAUUCUGAAAAUUAUUCCCUUUACAUUACUUUGUUGUUCUUCAUAUAGUACAUUAUCUGAAUCACUGUUAUUAGUAUACAAUCAUGUUUUCAAAGGUUUCUCAAGGCACUGCAAACUGUCUUGCACUUUUUGUGGUUGGGCAUUUUCAAAAUGAAGUCUGCACCUAAUGCAGGUUAAGAAUGCCAUGUUUUAUUUUUGUAACAAUGCACAUUCUUAACAUUGUAUAAAUAUGCAAGCACUACAUUUGCUAACAUGCCAAUGGUAUUUGCACAUUUGCAGCAAGUCUGUAUGCAAUGUCAAUUUUUGUUCUUAUUCUAGUUAAAA